GUUUAUAUAGCGAAACUUGAGUCCUGCUUAGCUAUACCUUAACCCAGGGGCAGCUCUAGACACCAGCAAAGCAAGCAGGAGCUUGGGGCGGCAAAUUACCAAGGGCGGCAUAAUGCUGGGGCCACAGCUCCGACCUGAGGCAGCGUCCUGGGCUGGAUCCUGACCGCUCCGGGGGUGGUAACCAGCCUGUUGCUCUGACCGGGUGCCGCCAGGGCUGUGCGGUGGGGCAGAGGGAACCGACUCAGUGGGGAGCAUGUCCCCACCACUCUCCCACGGGCAGCGGCCACACCCCCUCAGGCGGCCGCUGGUAGCGCGGCCCUGCCCCGGCUGCAGAGCGCAAGGGGUGGUGGCGGACCAUGGCGGCCAGGUGGGCCGCUCCUCCAGCGCCGGCUGUGGGCUCCUCCUUGCGUGUCCCUGCCGCCGCCUCCUCCUCCUCUCCCCUGCGCUGCCUCCUGCCUGUGGAGGGGAGGGGAGUGGCAGCCCGGGCUGAGCCGAACUCAUGUGUUCUCUCUCGGCAGGAGUCUGAGAAGAUGGCCGGGGCCGAGGCGAGGAUGAGCGAGGCCAGGAUCCAGCAGCAGCCCCAGGCCCCGGCGGCAGGAGAUGAGUCCUCGGACAGCAAGGGGGAGCAUGAGGGCCCCCAGAAACUCGUCCAGAAAGUGUCCACCUCAGGCCAGAUCCACAGCAAGGGCUCACCUCCAGAGGGUCACUUCCACCAGCCUCCUCCUGCAGCAGCUCCCGCAGCCCGCUGGCCGGCAGGGGAAGGAGCUCGUCAGCCUGGCCGCCUUCAGCUCCCACCCAGCGGCAAGUGACUAUUGUCCUGAUGAUGAAGAGAAGGCAGUGAUUGGCUGGCAAGAAAAACUCUUCAGUCAGUUUGAGGUGGAUCUGUACCAACAUGAGUCAGCCUGUCAGACCCCCUUGGACCGGCAGUACCACCAGGAGAUACUGAAGCUGGAGAAGUCAGGAGGCCGGAAGAACUACCGCAUCUUCACUUACACGGACCAUGACCGAUUCACCAACCUGGAGGAGCACUGUCAGAAAGUGACCAGCUCAGAGCAGGAGGUGCCUUCGUUCCUGGCAGAGAGGAUGGCCAAUUUAAGGAGGAGAAGGCAGGACCACAGGCCAACGGAAGGAAGUGUUCUGAAGUCCCGAGUCAUCACCUGGGAGCCGUCAGAAGAAUUUAUUAAGAAUAACCACGUCAUCAACACCCCUGUUCAGACCAUGUACAUCAUGGGAGACUUGGGACCAUAUGGGAUGCUCGGCCGCAGGGAGUACGAACACGUUCUUUGCACAGUCAAGGUGGAUGGCAAUGGGGUGAUUACAGUGAAGCCUGAUUUCACGGGCACUAAAGGUGCUUACAGGAUUGAGCUGGAUGGCGAGAAGCGGGAGCUGUGGAGAUACACCAUUGAGAAUGCCUCAGCCCAGGCGCAGCGAGAGGAGGAGGAGCGGGAGCAGCGCAUGUUCAGAGAUUUUCAGUUGUAUAGUCGGCACAAGGAAUAUCUCAAUGGCCUUGUUGGCUCAGACUUUGAGAUGACUCUCCCUGGUGCACUUCGGCUGUUUGUGAAUGGAGAGAUAGUUUCAGCCCAGGGCUACGAGUAUGACCGUCUCUAUGUUCAUUACUUCCUGGAGCUGCCCAGCCGUUGGUCGAGCCCAGCGUUCCAGCAGCUCUCUGGGGUGACGCAGACCUGUGCCACCAAGACCCUGGGCAGGGACAAUGUGGCAUACUUCUCCUACCCCUUUACUCUGGAGAUGUUUUUCACCCAAGAGGAUGAGUCAGAAGGCUCUCUUCCGCAGUGGCCUGUGAUCUAUUUUGAGAUUCUUUCGCUGGAUUAUUGGCAGAGGCAUCGUGUUGAAGGUUACGGCUCUGUGGUGCUGCCAGCAGCUCCAGGGUUCCACACCCUGACAGCCCCCACCUGGCGACCCAUUGAGCUGGGGACGGUCUCUGAGCUGAGGAGGUUUUUCAUUGGUGGGUCCCCUGAAUUGGAGGACAUGACCUACAUCAGGGUGCCGGGAACCUUCAAGGGAGAGUGCCUGAGCCGCUUUGGCUUCCGCACAGAGACGACAGGGAGCGUCACGUUCCGGCUCCACUGCCUGCAGCAGUCCAAAGCCUUCCUGGAGUCCAGUGCCCAGAGGAAGCGCAUGCAGAGUGUGCUGGACCGACUUGGGGGCUUCAGCCAGCAGAGCUCCUUCUACAAUGUCCUGGGUGAGGCUCUUUCCUGUCAGUCUCUACCAUGUGGAGAACCCACAGCUCAGCUUGCUCCUUGCAUAAGGAGUGAAGAAGCUGUCAUUCCCCAGAGGGCCCCUCUGACCCUCCCCCUGCAUCUCCCCUCGUCCCUGCAGGCUCCUUGUGCCUGACUUCAGCAGGGCAGAGGUUAAACCAUGAGACAGGGAGUUGCUGGAAAUGGCAAAGGAAUGUCAAGAAAGUGGCAGGAUGGAGUUUCUGUCUGAGCUAGCAAAGCUAGAGAAUUGUCUAUCCAGGCCUGCCAGCACCUGGGACCAGCAUGACUAGCUGUUCUGACACCAGCUCCCAAGAGGAGACUGCUCCCUGUCAUCUGCUGUUGAAGUCGGAGCAGAUCGAACCCCCAGGUGCUGAGAGUGGCUGUUCAAGUGUCCUCUGUAUCUUCCCAAUCUUCGGACUUGUGCCGAGGUGCAGCAAGACAGUAAGCAGCAGUGCCCUGUUAGGGCGCCCAUGUGCCCUCUGCCCCGCCCAAGCGUGCUCUGAGAGUUUGGGUCUAAAAGGGGAGUGAUACUGGUUGCCACCUCAGUCCUCCUCCAUCCAACCACAGCCGCAAAAGGACGUGAACCUCUUUGGGUCUCCUAGGUUCAUAGACCUGUUUAGUGCUCAUAAUUAGAUAGUUUUUAUCAGUAGUAGUUUUUUGAGUAAAUUAUAGGUUAGUUAGAUAAGAAGAUCUUUAUAUAUUUUCAAUAUGGUGGACCCUAGGGUGAAGAAACACGGGUUCAAAUGCUGCGUGUCUGUGCCAGUGGUCUUCCUGGCAUCCAUGUUCAUUGUCUAAAAUGCUGCUGAGGUAAGAAUCAUUCACCAACAUGUUUUGCUACCUGUAGCACAUUCACACUUUGGGCCUGCAAGGAGAAACAAAAUAGACUUCAGGCUCUUCUAUUACAAAGAGGCCUUGUCAGUCGAGCUUCUUGGAUAGUUCUAAAGGAUCUGAAAAUAAGGAUAGGAGACUGGAAUCAGCACCGAAUACAUCCGGAUUUAAGAAAAUGGCAAUAACUAAGUCUUUGGCCUUGAUGAUGCGGUUCAGUUCCAGGCUGACUGAUCUUACUGGACCCCACUCCUCAGAUCUGGCUCCAAAACUUCUAAGAUCUCCCUUGGGACCGCUACCAGACAGACAUCCAAAGUAUUCAGAUGACUUACUGGAACCUACUACUUUGGUCCCCUGGAAAAGAAAGACUAAAUUUAAGCAUGCAUCAGGUAAGUCUUCACACCAUUCAGAUGUGGAUCUGAGAUCUAGCAAUGUUAGAUCUCUGGAUUGUUCCAGUUACUCAAACCUGAAGAAAAGACCAUCGGAUCCAAGCAUGGCAGCUCAACAGCAUACGAUCAGAGUCACAGCACAGAAUCACUCAGACCUGCAUCUUCUCUCAGAUCCAGCUGUAUUCAGAGAAUAAUAGAGUUAGAAGGGACCCAAACAGUCAUCUAGUAUAACCCCCUGCCAAGUUUCAGGAUUGUUGUGUCUACACCACGGGUCUCAAACUCCUGGUCCAUGUGCCAUCUGCGGCCCAAGAAUCUCCCCAGUGUGGCCUGCGGGGCUCCAGCAGUUUUGGGGCUGGAUCUCUCCCUUGGCCCUACGUGUCCCCUGGGCGAUUUACAAUGGCUCGGGGCCCCACCCACCACCGGCAGCCCCGUGGAACUGAGCGGCUUCCUGUUGCUUGCUCCACGUGGCUGCCGGCCCUUCCCUGCGGCCCUGGGGCAGUGGCUGUUGCCUCCGCAUGCUGCUCCCACCCCGAGCGCCCCUGCAGCCAAUGGGAAGCUGCGGGGGCAGUGCCUGGGGCAGUAGCACACAGAGGCCCCCCCGGCCUGCCCCACCUUGGAGCCCCAGGUAAGCGCCACACCCCCCGACCCCCUCUCAGAGCCUGCAUCCCUCCCCCCUUCCCACACACCCCAUCCCGACCCCAAACUCCCUCCCAGAGCCUGCGCCCCCUUCCCACACACCCCCAGCCCCCAAACUCCCUCCCAGAGCCCUGCACCCUCUCCCACCCCCAAACUCCCUCCCAGAGCCUGCAACCCCACCCCCUCCUGCUGCACCCCAGCCCAGAGCCUGCAUCCCAGAUCCCCUCCCAGAGCCCAACCUCUCACCCCUUCUGCACCCAAACUCCCUCCCAGAGCCUGCACUCCAAUCCCUUACCCCAGAUCUUCUCCCCCCCCACCCAACUGCCUCCCAGAGCCUUAGGCAGGUGGGGGGCGGAGUUUGCGGGUGCAGGUUCUGGGCAGCAUGAAUGACAUUAUUGGCGUGCUGGGAGGAUUUGAGUACUGGCACUGGCCCUAAGGUAAAUUGAGUUUGAGACCCCUGGUCUACACCAUCCGAGACAGAUGGCUAUCCAUAUCGCAUUGCUCUCCCAAGAAGAAACUGAAACAGGACGUUGAGUGAGGAGGAUCCCCAGCAAGCGGGAUCUUCAGCACCUAAGACCCAGUGAGUUCACUAAGAAAGAAUUAAUCACCUCUUUAUAUAUCUCAGAUCCCUACCUCAGUGGUAUCAUCUGGUGCUUUGGGAUCAGAUCUGGAUAGAAUUAAAAGCUUUAGGUCCUCUUCCAGAUUGUUUAUUUUGUAUGUAUGUAACUGCAAGAGUAAGGCCAUUUCAUCCCAGUCCCUCUCUAGAUGGGUUAGCCAGCAUAUUGAAGAGCAUUGUAGAGGCCUAGAGUUCAUUCUUCUAGAGCUGUGGCUGCAUCUAUGGCAUUUGCUAAACAUAUUCCUCUUACUGAAAUAUGCAAAGCUGCUACAUGGAGGACAUUGACCGCACAUUAUGCAUUGAAUUUGGCUCACAGGUCUGAUACUCAUUAAGCAGUGCUCCAGUCUCUGUUUAAUUAAGACUCCACAUCCCUCCUUCCAAUCUACUGUACUGCUUACCAGAUUAUCCCAAGAGUGGGAAUAUGCAGAGGACACACAAAGGAGAAAGGAAGAUUACUUACUUGUAACCAGAGUUCUUCUAGAUGGAUUCUGUAUAUUCACAUUCCUUACUACUGCGGAGUCCAAAUUCAAGUAUCUUGGUAUUACGCUUCAGCAGUGGAAGCAACUGAGUUUGGCAUCGGGGCUAUGCCCUUUUUAUACCCGUUUUCUCAGAGUGCACUCGAGCACUGCAGCAGGGAAGGGCCUGUGGGCAACCGAACAGGGCACUGCUUCCGGAAGGUUCUACCGUCAUGCUGCACUGGUCCACACAAGUUCCAAGAGUGUGAAUGUGCCAAGUCCACCUCGAAGAACACCAGUUACAAGUAAGUAGUCGGCAUUUAUGUCGUGCAGGCUGGCUGUGGGGUGCUGUGGUGUAGUCACGGUAGGAGGGGAAGGAAGGCCGAGAGAGCACCCAAGGUCUCAUGCUUUGUGGAUGGGAGAGUUUGUCAUAGCCAGCCAGAGAGAGAGCGACCGUGUUAGCUAGACAGGCCCCCAUCCCUCCCCUCCCCCGACAGACUGCCUUAGCAGGAGUGUCAGUGGGUGCUGAGCCCCUUCUUGGAUGCUCUGUUGCAGAGGCAUUCCAGAGGGCACGGCGCCGGAUGCAGGAAGCACGUGAGAGCCUCCCCCAGGACCUGAUCAGCACCUCUUCCUCCACCGUGCAGCAGCCAUGAGCAUUGUGUUCCCAGCAGCGCCACUGGCACCAGGCCUGGCUGGGCGCAGCAGCCUCUCUUCUAAAAGCACCUUGUGCUGCAGGAGUCUCAGCUCCAGCCCCUUCAGGCUUUGCAAGUGCCUCCCACUGCAGUUGUCAGUGUCUCUAGGAUGCCCAGCCUCCAUACUCUUCUCUUGCAUCCCUACUGGCCCCAGUAAAGGGGGCAUCUUCCCUGUAAGGUGAUGUCUGCCUCUGGAUCCCAUCUGGUGUCCAAACUAGAGCCAGAGGCACACCCCACCAAAAUGGCUGGUGCUGAUGUCCAAGCAGUGUUUUAGAGAACUCCAUACGUGUUUGGUAUGAGGUUAAAGCUCUGGGCUUUCACUUGCUCACGGGAGGGAUUCAGAGAGCCUCCCAAAGCCUUGAGGGGCACUCAGGCCCUGGCUUCGGUAGCACCCUGUUUCCUCUAGGGUAGUGCCUAAGUGAAGUUUCAUAUAUCACCAAAGAUAGGUGCAAACAAGCCCCUCCCCUUCCUUUCCAGCAACCCCCAGGGUUUGGUACCAGCAAUCCCCUCCUUCCAGACCCAUCAAGUUGGGGAAAACUGGAGGCCCCAGGUCCAUGAGUGCUGGGGUUACAGUAGGAGCACAGAUGCCCAGCCAAGGUGAGAGCAUGCAUGCAGAAUGCUGAUGGGCAGUGGCAUCUCUGCACUGUCAGAAUCAUGUCACACCCCCUGCGAUCCUCCCUGCUGUACAUGUACAGUGAGGACUGUGCAAUAGAAAUGAGAUGUUUGAUCAAAUUGCCAAGAGUUAAUUCUAGCCCGAAUGGUUCUGAUGACACUUGAGGAAUCCUUUUUCCUGACCACAUGGCAGUUCUCUUUACCAGCAGCACUCACUGCUGGCCACAUUUAGAGAUUUGUUGCCAAAGCCUAAAAGCCAUGGACAAUCAUUCCAUCAUCCCUGCUGGGCAGGCUGUGAAACCGUCUGAGAGACUGGAUGGAGGAGCACUUGUUAUUUCUAUAGCGAUUAGUGAGCAAGCAGCAAAUCUCUGGGCUAUAUUAGUAACUGACCUGAUAAGUUCUCUUUCCUACUGUGUGAAGGGGGAUGAUGGUGGAGGUCACGGGAUGGUGACGUUGCAGAAGUUCUGUUUAACUGAAUGAGUAAGCAGGUAGGUCCUUGAGAAAUGCUAGUUGUUGGCAGUGAUACAGUUCUUUGUAGAAACCAAGUCUGUUGCUACUAAAAGUGAUUGUCUCCACCUGAGCCUUAUGACUGGAUCAUUUCUCAAGUGCAGUGCUGCUGCCUACCAGUUAUACCUGCAAGCCAGCCAAAAAUAUGACAUGGACUCAGAAUCACGAUAGGAGUGGGUUCGGGGCUCAUAUACUCUAGCUUCUGUCUCUGAAGCUCCCAAGGGUACAAGACCCCAUUAUGCUGCUGUAUCCAGAGUGUGUCUGCCCUGUAGUCUGUGAAGUUGUUCGCAGAAAGGACCUUUGGACUGGGUUAUAAAUGCAGAAUUCCCUGUUCCCCUCAGUUCACAGCAGAGCUCUGCCUGGCCGUUUCAGUUAUCGCCAUUCUAUUAGUUGUUCCAUCUCACUGUGACAGGGUGCACUGGGCCCUUUGAGGCCCUUUGAGGCUCUCUGCUUGCAAUCCUAUUACACCCUGCCCAAAAGAAGAGCAGUAAAGGUAGAUCCUCCAGGCCAGCCUAGAAAGGUUGCAGGGAAGCAGCCAAUCAGAGCCAAAGGAGCUGAAGGGCCUGAGCAGGUCAGUUGCUUACUAGGAUCAGAAGAGUGACGAGGACUGAGAGGCUGUGACACUCCCCAGGUAAAAGGACUGGGGAGAAACCCUGCUCAAGCAGGGACAGGACUGGGAAGCUCUGCAGCGGCCUGGGAGAGCGAACCCUGAUAAAAAGGGGGCAGAGAUGCCUUAGAGAAGACCCUGAGACAUCAGGACAAAGACAGAGACACUCUCCAGGCAAGGACAUCUGGGAGAGACCCUGCUCAAACAGGGAACGGACAGAGAAUGCAAGAAGGUGAUGGGACUGAAUGGGAAGCAGCCAGGGAAUGCUGCAGCAGCUAUUAAAAUAAUACGUAGCUGCUAUUUGUAGGGUCCCUGGGUUGAGAUCCAGAGUAGUGGGCAGGCCUGGGUCCUGCCACUGAGGAAGGAGGCCUAAGCCCCAAGAAGGGGAUCAGACUCGAUACCAAAAGCCUGAGAAAGGAACUAGAAUUUAAACAGGCCUAGCCAUGGGGCUGAAAACCCCAGAAAGGGCCAAUCAUUUGUUGGACUGUGUUACUCUGGAAGGGGUCCAUCCAUUUUAGACUUUGUAUGACUUAGCUGGAGAGCUGAAGCACUGAAGAUUCUCCUGAUGAGGGCAACAGCUGAUUUUGGGGGGAGGAGGAAAGGGAAAGAAUGCAGGAUCACACCCAGUCGACUGGAGCUGCUCAUGAGAGGUGAGUGUGCCCCAUCAGUCACUGUGUGGAAACAUGCUUCCCUCUGGGAUCCCACUAUUUCUGUCCUUUGUUGGUCUUAAUUACCAUCAACCUGUUUCUUUCCAUCUUCCCUGUGUCUGUCUUCCCUCCUUCACUUCAGGAACUCCCAGUGCCUAGCCUCUGUACAUCACUCCCAUCCCACCCGCAAAAAUGAUUAGUGGUGAAAGAGUCAAGGGAACGGGCCAUAAUUAGGCCUUAAUGCUAACUCUGCAAUGAGAUUAAUGGGGGAACACACAAAUCCAGGCAGACACUGCUCCAUCUGGUUAAACUUUUUGUAAAUGAGAGAUAGAAAAAAACUGAGUUUCUGCAAAAUAUGCCACAUGGGCCACAGAACUACAACCUAUGGGCUAGCUGUAAAAUAGGGAUUGGCCUCUCUCCUUCUCCAUGUCUGCUUUCGCCUUGGACAGGAUUGGGAAUCACCAGUGCAAGACGUCCUUGGGGCAAUGGAACAUCUGGAUUUUCUAAGGUGGGCUCCAGCCCUGGAUAGCCCUAAACUUAGUAGUGGGUUCAGCUUAUGUGGAGAGUGCAAAAACCUUGGUUCUGAGCUCUGCUUCCAGAUCCAAACCUGGCAUCUACCUGGAGAUUUUACCCUGGAAGAGGGUUUCCAUUCCCAACCAGCCUUGAGGGAAGAAAAUGUUCUCUCAAAAAGCAGCGUGGCCAGCCAAGGAGGGUGUAAUCUCCCUGGGCUGGGUCAGAAUGGUACAAGCCCAGUCUUCUCUCUUGAAAUAUAUCACGUACCAACAAGUACAUUAAAGUUAUUAAAGUUUCAAAAUAAAGGACUCAUAUGUUAGAAAAUGUGAGAAUUAAGGUUGCCUGGGCAAUUUUAAUUAAUCCUUCUUGUGUGUAACUGUUACAGUUUUAAUGACAUAAAACUAUUUUUUGUAAA